AACAGAAAAUAAGCAACAUGUGGCUGUAAAAUCCACCAUGCCCAGGUUUAGUUUACCAAAGUUAGUAUUCCCCCUCUGGGUGGAGGGGACCAGGGACUGUUGACGUCACACAGGAGCAAUGAUAAAGAGGUGAUAGUGCAGCCAAAAGGAGAAAAGGGAAAACUUCUUAGGCGUGCUGAAGGAUCUGCUGCUCUGUCCAGGAGCCACUGCUGUGCUGACAGGAACCUUUAUCCCAACAACUCAGCCUUACUUCAAUUCCCCUCACAAAGCUUGGGGGAGAAAAAGACUCUAAUUAUAGAUACUAUCAGAAAAUUGCUGGAAAAUGCCACAAAACGUUGUUCUCCCGGGACCUGCACCGUGGGGAUUCAGACUGACUGGAGGAAUAGAUUUUAAGCAGCCGUUAAUCAUAUCCAGGAUAACUCCAGGUAGCAAAGCUUCACAAGCCAAUUUGUGCCCUGGUGAUGUCAUUAUAGCUAUUGAUGGCUACAGCACAGAGGACAUGACUCACAAUGAUGCACAGGAGAGAAUUAAAGCAGCAUCACAUCAACUCUGUCUGAAAAUAGAGAGGGCAGAAACAAAACUGUGGUCUCCACAAAUAUCAGAAGAUGGCAAGCCACAUCCAUUCAAAGUAAACUUGGAAGCUGAACCACAGGAAUUCAAGCCUAUUGGCACAGCUCACAACAGAAGGGCCCAGCCUUUUGUUGCAGCAGCAAACCUUGAUGACAAAAGACAGGUAGUGAGUUCUUCCUAUAACUCACCAAUUGGGCUAUAUUCAUCUGGCAAUAUACACGAUGCUCUUCAUGGACAGCUGCGGGGCCUGAUUUCUAACACUUCUGAAAAUGUAUGCAGUACUCCUUCCGGUAUUGAUGGCGGCAGUGGACGUAGCACACCCUCUUCUGUUAGUACUGUUAGCACUAUCUGUCCUACUGAAUUGAAAGCGGCAGCUAAGAUGGCCCCCAACAUUCCCUUAGAAAUGGAACUUCCUGGUGUCAAGAUUAUACAUGCUCAGUUUAACACACCUAUGCAGUUGUAUUCAGAUGACAAUAUUAUGGAAACACUGCAGGGGCAGGUUUCUACAGCGCUGGGGGAAGCACCCUUAAUAAGUGACCCAGUACCAGCUGCAGUGCCCCAGUCUGAUGUUUACAGGAUGCUACAUGAUAACCAGGGAGGACCAAGUCAGCCACGUCAGUCUGGUUCCUUUAAGGUGCUCCAGGACAUGGUCUCCGAUGAAGCUGAUGGACGGCCGAGUGGUACAAGGAGUGUGAGGGCACCAGUAACAAAGUCUGGUGCUGGUGGGGGAAGUGUGCCAAAGGUGCCCUUGUGUGACAAGUGUGGAAAUGGAAUUGUGGGCACAGUUGUAAAGGCACGUGAUAAGUACCGGCACCCGGAAUGUUUUGUGUGCUCCGAUUGCAACCUCAACCUGAAGCAGAAAGGUUACUUCUUUGUAGAGGGGCAGUUAUACUGUGAAGCUCAUGCACGCGCUCGCAUGAGGCCACCAGAGGGUUAUGAAGCAGUUACUGUUUAUCCCAAGGCUUAACUGUUUGGAGACACGCAUACCUGCAUGCACACACAGGACAUUAUCAGCUUACAGCAGCAAUACAACUGGCUGCCUGAAUCUAGCAAACAGCUUUUUAAUAGCAGGGAGAGGACAGGAUGGAGAAGAAUGAUGUUUCCAGUAGCCCAUAUCUGUAUGUAUAGGGGAUCUUUUCCCAAGACAUUAUUGCCAUGGCUGCCAAUGUAAUCUGAUGGAGUAUAAAGUUGAUAUGACAUACUGUACUAUAUCAAGCAUUUUUGAAACAAUUGAGUACUACCUGCAGUGAGAGAAACAUAUUUUUGUCCAGGUUUUCAAAUCCAAUUUUUGCACAAGAAUCCUGCUAAAAAAGGAGUCUAAUCCAUAGAUCUUCUGAACACCCAACACCCUGAAAAUAAAUCCUUUAGUUAGACUGAAGGCACUUGUAAUAUAUAAAGAGUGUACUAUGGUAUGAACAUGCUGGGAGAUACCUGUGUGUUACAAUUGUUUUGUUAUUGUUGUUUCUCUAGCAAACUAGCAAAUCAUAUGCUGAUAGGUAAGCUUUGCCCCUCAUUACUUUCCUGUUUGCGUGCCUGGUCACUGCUGCUGCCACCAUUGCUGCUUCUUCCUCCAGCUAUUAAAGAAAGUCCAUCACUGCCGACACCCUGGAUGGGACCCCAAAGCAGGGCAUUUGGUUUUCCAGUCAUAGGAGGAGGAGAAGUGGGGCUGCACAAUAGAAGCAGGGCUCAUAUACUGGCACUUUAUUCAUUGACAUGCAGGAGACAAACUGCAGUCUGAAAAUAUAACUCACAACUCUGUGAGUGCUUUUUAUAUAUUACGCAUGUCUUCAAUAUUCAACUAUUAGGCCAUUAUAAUUUUUGAACCACAUUUAUCUUUUAAGAACAGACAAGACCUAUCUAGUCAGCAUCCUGUUUCACACAGUGGUCUACCAGAUGUCUCUGAGAAACCCACAGGCAAGAGCGGAGGACAUGCCCUCUCUCCUGCUGUUGCUGCACUAAUCCAGCACUACAUUCUUUAUGCCAUAAAACUGGGUUUAACUACUCUGUUUUACAUUUGAAAUUGUACAUGUUAAAACAUAACGUACGAAGCAAACAGAGAGAGAACCUUUUCCCAGACUGAAGUAUAUCAUUUUGAUCCCAAAGCUUCAUUGGCCAACAUCCAAAGCAAUGUACCACUGGCACUCCUACCAUCUGGCACGCAGCACUAGCCCUUGGGUUGUUGUGCGCUGUCUUUUGGGAGCUUGCCUAUGUUCCAUUAGAAACUGAGGCAAUACUCUAGAAAUUAUUUGCACACUUGAGCAAAAGUGUUCACGCUUUGGGGAAAGUGCGCAACAGUAUGGGGGCUAGCAUUGCAUGUUGUCACAUGUUAGGAGUGCUGAUGGUAUGUUGCUGUGGAUGUCAGCCAUUGUCUCUACCCUCAUUGCAAUUCUGAUGUUUGAUUGAGGAAAGCAAAUAAAUAUAUAGAAUUGCUAGGAUCCAAAGAACCAUGAGAGUAGUUGCGCACAGAAGUUAGAGUUGUGCUUCUUGGACAGCUGCCCUCUGCACUACAUGACAACCUGUUCACUCUCUUCCAGCAAGAGAAAUCUGUGUAUCUGCAUCCACAUUAUGUACUCACUUUGGCCUCUCUGAAUUGGCUGGACAUGUUGUUUGAUGCUGAGAAGAAUGCACAUCCCCAUCCAGGGAUACUAACUAGAGCUGGACUGGGGCUUUACUUGUGAUGUAUCAUGGGAGCAAGUCUGUUCAAAUUGUUUUUGAAAAUCCACUGAGCAUGUGCAGGCUCUUGAGCAUGCUAAAAUAGUUCUUCAGAUCACAGCCAAAGGUUAUUUGAGAGCAUAAUGAACUGUACUUCAGCAAGGGUUCUCUGUUCCUUGUAGAAAUCUAAUUAAACAGCUUUUUAAAGAAA